GAGAGCUCUGGGGCCGGCCGCCGGUGCGGGCCAGGAGGCGGACGGAGGGCGGCGGGAGCCGGGGCUCGCUCCGCUGCCGGGAAGGACUUUCCUCGGGAACUUUCCGUCCCGCUCUGGUUUCCUGGGAGGCGGCCGCGAUCACGUUUUAUACCGUUGUUAGCUGGUAACCCCUCUCAUUCAUUAAGCUCACGUAAUAACUCAAAGGGAAACGUGACUCUGAGCUAAGGCGUUUGCGUAAAUCUAUAGGUUUUUAAAACUCCCUGCCAGUUGCUUUCUGUCUUCUGUAGGCACCAAGGUGGUGGAGAGUUUAAGCUUGCGGAUAUUGCAAAGGGUUAUUAGAUUCAUAAGUCACACCAAGUGGUGGGCGAUCCACUGAGCAAAGCAGAAGUUCUCACAUGAUGACUUCAAACAAGACACAUUACCUUCCAGCAUCUGUUGGAGAGACUGGAUUUUAAGACACUUCUGUCUCCAGGACAGCAAAGAAACAAUGUUCCACCAAGUGAGAAGAGUGAUGACCAUCCUUUUCCUUACUAUGGUUAUCUCAUACUUCAGUUGCAUGAAAGCUGCCCCAAUGAAAGAAGCUAGUGUAAGAGGACAAGGCAGCUUGGCUUACCCAGGUCUUCGGACCCACGGGACUCUUGAGAGCCUAAAUGGGCCCAAUGCUGGUUCAAGAGGACUGACAUCACUGGCGGACACUUUUGAACAUGUCAUAGAGGAGCUUCUAGAUGAGGACCAGGACAUCCAGCCCAGCGAGGAAAACAAGGAUGCAGACUUGUACACAUCCCGAGUCAUGCUAAGCAGUCAAGUGCCUUUGGAACCCCCACUGCUCUUUCUGCUUGAGGAGUACAAAAACUACUUGGAUGCUGCAAACAUGUCCAUGAGGGUCCGGCGCCACUCUGACCCAGCUCGCCGCGGGGAACUGAGUGUCUGCGACAGCACAAGUGAGUGGGUGACAGCGGCGGAGAAAAAGACUGCGGUGGACAUGUCUGGGGCGACUGUCACCGUCCUGGAGAAAGUCCCAGUACCCAAAGGCCAACUGAAGCAAUACUUCUAUGAGACCAAAUGCAACCCCAAGGGGUACACAAAGGAGGGCUGCAGGGGCAUAGACAAGAGGCACUGGAACUCCCAGUGCCGAACUACCCAGUCUUACGUGAGAGCUCUCACCAUGGAUAAUAAAAAGAGAGUUGGCUGGCGCUUUAUAAGGAUAGACACUUCCUGUGUAUGUACAUUAACCAUUAAAAGGGGAAGAUAGUGGGUUUGUGUUGUAUAGAUUAUAUUGAGACAAAAUUAUCUAUUUGUAUAUAUACAUAACAGGGUAAAUUAUUCGGUAAAAAAUAAUUUUAUGGACUGCAUGUAUAACUGAAGUUUAUACAGUACAGUGGUUCCACAAUCUAUUUAUUGAACAUAUCCAUGACCUGAAGGGGAACAAAAGUCAUUUGCGCACAAGGUUAAAAAAAAAAAAAACAAAAACAAACAAAAAAUUAAAAAAAAAUCAAAAAAAGAAAAAAAGAGAUCCAAGCAAACAGCAAAGUCUGCAUUACAUUCCUUGAGAACAUUGUGGUUUGUCGCCGUUGCCAAGAAUUGAAAAUAGAAAAAGAUUUAAAAAAAAAACAAAGAAUAAAAUUGCAUGCUGCUUCAGUUGUGAAUUGAUGAUAAACUGUCCUCUUUCAGAAAAAUAAAUUGAACCAAAA